AUGACCUUGCCAAGACACACAGUGACGCUGAUCGUGACAAGGCUUUGUUCCAGCGUACAGAGUCACAACAAGAUUGGAACAUCAGUAGAAGAUAGAAUAUUCACGAAUAUUAAGAAGAAAGAGUUAGUCACAGGUCCAGAUGGAAAUUGGGUAGCUCCUUUACCAUUCCGUCAACCUCGACAACCCCUACCAAACAACUAUGAACUUUCGUUACGACGUGCGAGGGCUCCAGAUGCUAGUCUCAAGAAAAAUCCAGUUAAAAGAGACCACUUCACAACCUUUAUGCUAAAGCUGUUUGAUAACGAUCAUGCUGAAGAAGCACCACAAUUACAGCGGAAACAAAAACGGUGGUAUUUACCACUCUUUGGGGUUUACUACCCACAAAAACCUCAUCAAAUUAGGGGUGUUUUUGAUUCCUCCGCCAAGUACGAAGAUUGGUUCAAAUUCAGCAUUACAACAGAAGAUAAACCACUGUCACGUAGAGGCGUACUUUCAACAGUGAACAGCAUCUUUGAUCCGUUAGGAUUCCUCUCUCACGUGAUUAUCAAUGGUAAACUUAUCCUGCGAGAAGUAGUCACAGAAACUGUAGAUUGGGAUGAACCACUAUCAGACUACCUCAUGUCACGAUGGAUAGAGUGGAGCUCAUCACUCAAGGCUCUAGAAGAUCUAUGUAUUCCCCAUGUGACUGUACUAUACCUCAGUAAGGCUGUGAGAAAAGAACUUUGGACGUUUUGUGAUGCCUCAGAGAAAGCAGUAGCUGCUGUUUCUUAUGUGAAUGUACUCUACCCAGAUGGUUCCUCUAAAACUGGAUUUGUGCUCAGGAAGUCGAAGGCUGCACCAGUGUCUGGUCACAGCAUUCCACGCUUAGAACAUUAUGCAGCCGUAUUUGCCGUAGAAAUUUCACAAACUGUCACAAAAUAUUUUGAUGUAGUGUUUGAUUCAGUGAAGUACUUUAGUGAUAGUCGUUUUAUACUUGGCUAUGUAAACAAUGACAAGCGACGAUUCUUCAUCUAUGUAUCUAACAAAAUGGAAAGAAUACGGAGUUUCAGCAACCCAGAUCAAUGGCACUUUUUGCCGACUCAUCUCAACCCUGCUAAUGAAGGUACCAGAGGAGUGUCACCAGGGGACGUAGCUACAAGUACUUGGUUAAAUGGACCAGUAGAUGUUCAUCUGAGUGAUCAGGAUGAUCAAACCAUAACCUUUCCACUAGUUGAACCUCAAGUAGACAAGGAAAUCCGACCCACUUGUCUAAAGACAGAGUGCAGACCAUUGUUGGGCACUUCGAGAUUAGAGCGAUUUUCUGACUGGGAUCGUUUGGUGAAGAGCCUAUCAUUAUUAAAACGCUUUAUAGUGUACAGGAAUGAAGACAAAUCACUGAUUUUGCCAAAAUCAUUGAGCUACUAUCAACGGGCUGAGCACUUCUUGUUCAAGACAGUGCAACAGGAAGUCUACGCUGAAGAAAUUGACUGCUUGCGCUCAAGUCAACCAUUACCGAAGAACAGCAGCAUACUUACCUUAAUUAGACCCAUUCAUCGAUGA